UAAUGUGUUUAAACUUGUAUCGUAAAUAAGACUCAAAUCCCACAGAAAUCCUGCUUAUGAAUAACAUUUGUUUUGAUAAAAGGAGGCAAGAAAUUCUUGGUUUUUGGUUUUUCUUCGAUGUGACUUUCAUGCACACAGCAUUCAGGCAUUCAUGUAAUUAAGUCACGUCCUGCAUCAUAAGACAAAGGUUUAAUAUCUUGUUGAAGAUAACAAGUCUGUGUAGUUUUUAGUAUGAGCUCAAAUGAUUUGGGAUAAUUCUGUGAGAGAGAAAAAUCUGUCUAUGUAAACGGAACUUUGUUUCCGAAGUCCUGGUUUUCAGCGGACGUAUUUCAACGCUUCACCAUAUGCAGCCGGGGAAAGAUGGCCGCGACCUUGUUGAAGGCGUGUUGAUGAAAUGGAGAUGAUUUUCUGAUGUUAUAGUUUAAUCCUGUAAUAUUACAGUCGAUCAUGUUUGCAGCGUUUAGAUGCGUGUUUUCAGGGCUGUCGAGCAGGAUGUUAGAAGCUCCAGCUAUAAUGCAGCAGCAUCACAUUAAAGUGCUUUCUGCUGGGUUGAAGACUUAUGAUGUUCCUCCAGACUUCACUGAUUUGGUUUUACCAGAAAAGCCCAAACUCAAAUUCCUCAAUAAGGUCCCUAAUUUAAAAAAGGCCAAGAAGGAGAUGAAGAAGCUGCGUGACAUCCAGGGUCCAGCGAAUUCUGCUAACACGUUCAGAUGGGGACAGUAUGGCAUUCUGGCCAUGGGUGGAGGCUAUCUGCACUGGGGCCAUAUGGAGAUGAUGAGGCUGACUAUAAAUCGGCGUAUGGACUCGCGCACUACCUUUGCCCGUUGGCGGGUUAGCGCUCCUUACAAGCCCAUUACACGUAAAGGCCUGGGUCAGCGCAUGGGAGGAGGCAAAGGUGCUAUUGACCACUAUGUUACACCGGUAAAGAGCGGUCGGUUGAUAGUAGAGGUCGGAGGUCAUCUCGAACUCGGGGAAGUGGAUUCUGUGCUUAAAGAAGUGGCGAAGAAGCUGCCCUUCCCAGCCAAGGUGGUGAGCAGAGAGAGUCUAUCUGCCAUGCAGAAAGAACAAGCUGAGAGAGAGGCUAAUAACCAGAACCCGUGGACCUUCGAGAGAGUAGUGAGGUCUAACAUGCUCGGCAUCCGCAGAGUCAUCAGCCCGUUUGACCUUCACAAUCAUGGCCGCUACACCGGAAAGUUCUUCAAUCCGGAAAGAGUCUGAGCUGAAAAUAAGCGUGUUGGUCUGAAAAACAACAGCUGAACUAAAAAAUGUGUGAAAAACAUUGUGUGAGAUUUAUCUGCCUACUGCUUCCUGUGUUAGAUUAAUAUCACACGUGGGUGAAAAAGUCUCGUAUCAACAGUGCGGUUACUGAAGGAUCGGAAGAAUGAGAGUUGUAGGCCAACCAUUGUGGCACGAAGUGUUUCAGAAUGUUUUAUAUAUUAAAGCAUACUUCCACCGA